AUGGCUGCUCCUGAGAUACCUACCAAGCAGAAAGCGGUCAUCUAUGACCAGCCUGGUACCGUGUCAACCAAGGUCGUCGAGGCGGAUGUUCCUGAGCCUGGUGCGGGCCAGGUCUUGAUCAACCUGACUCACUCUGGUGUCUGCCAUUCCGACCUUGGCGUCAUGACCAAUUCUUGGAAGUUCUUUCCUUAUCCGACCCAACCCGGCCAGGUUGGUGGCCACGAAGGCGUCGGCAAGGUCGUGAAGCUGGGCCCCGGGGCGGAGUCCUCUGGCCUGAAGCUCGGUGACCGUGUCGGAAUCAAGUGGGUCGCUAAUGCCUGUGGAAACUGCCAGCCUUGCCAUGCCAGCGCCGAUGGACUGUGCUUCAAUCAACAAAUCUCGGGUUAUUAUUUCCCAGGCACCUUCCAGCAGUACGCCCUGGGCCCCGCCAAUUAUGUGACCCCGAUCCCGGAGGGGCUGCCCUCAGAUGAGGCUGCUCCCAUGCUCUGCGCCGGUGUUACCGUCUACGCCGCCCUCAAGCGCAGCAACGCCCGUCCCGGCCAGUGGGUUGUGAUCUCCGGAGCCGGUGGUGGACUGGGCCACUUGGGCGUGCAGCUUGCAGCCAAGGGAAUGGGCCUGCGCGUGAUCGGCGUCGACCACGGCAGCAAAGAAGAGCUCGUCAAGGCGUCAGGCGCCGAGCACUUCGUCGACGUCACCAAAUUUCCCGCAGACGACAAGGGCGAGGCUAUCUCCGCACAUGUCAAGUCACUGACCGACGGCCUGGGCGCGCAUGCUGCGGUCGUCUGCACGGCAUCAAACGCCGCCUACGCCCAGUCACUGUUGUUCCUGCGGUUCAACGGCACCAUGGUCUGCGUGGGCCUGCCUGAGAAUGAUCCCCAGGCUAUCGCCACAGCAUUCCCGGCUGCUAUUAUCGCCAAGCACUGCACCAUCACCGGAUCAGCGGUGGGCAACCGAACCGAAGCGAUCGAGACGAUGCAGUUUGCCGCGCGCGGCGUGAUCAAGUCCCACUUCCGAACGGAGAAAAUGGAGAACCUGACCCAGGUGUUCCAGGACAUGGAGGCGGGUAAGGUGCAGGGACGGGUUGUUCUCGAUCUGUCGUGA